AUGAUCAUUGGUGUUUUAUAUCCUAUUGAUACUCUCCAACCCAUCAAUCCUGCUCUGAUUAUUACAAAACACCUCACAAAAACUGAUUUGGUAGACCAUGUGACCUUACCGAAACAAGAAAUUGAGUCAGUUCUCGGGGUGAUGGAUGGUGUUACAAUUGAAGGUCUAAAAACGGGCUUGGAAGUGAAUGUUUAUGAUGCGUCUGAAGAAGACGAUUACCCAGUUACCAUAAAGUUUUUUAGCGAGAAAUAUGUUUUUGGAAAAGGUUGGAGUGACAUGAAGCAUUCAAUGGAUCUCGAAGAAGGCCAGGAAUUGAAGCUCUUCUGGCAUUGUGGUUACAAGAGAUUCAUUGUUCUCAAUUUUCAAUACACUCUUCAAAUGAUUUAA